AUGUCGCAACUGAGCGAAAUCGCAGCGUCUGUUGGCGCACUGUUGAAGGAGACCGGACAGUCCAUCAGCGUCGCUGAGUCGUCCUGUGGCGGACUGAUCUCCGCCGCGUUGGUUGCUAUCCCGGGGGCCUCUGACUACUACGUCGGCGGCAGUGUCAUCUACACCCGCGUGGCCCAGAGGGGCCUCCUGUUAGUGCCGGACGUCGCCAUGGAGGGUAUGCGCGCCAGUUCCGAACCCUACGCCCAACUCAACGCCCGCACCACGCGGCAGUCGCUGAACACUGUGUGGGGCUUGGCCGAGACUGGCGCCAGUGGUCCCACCGGCAACCGCUACGGCGACAACUACGGACAUGCCUGCAUCGCGGUUGCCGGUCCGAUUGAGAAGGCGAUCACCGUCGAGACCGGCGACCCGGACCGCGAGGCCAACAUGUGGGUAUUCGCCGAGCGCGCCUUCGCCCUGCUCGAGGAGUGCAUCCGCGAGUCGCGCCAGUAG